AUGUCCAUCCCCCGCGAGAAAUUCCUCUCCUCCGUCUGGCGCGAUGACAUUUUCAAAGACAAAGUCCUCUUCUGCACCGGCGGCGCGGGAACAAUCUGCUCCAUGCAAGUCCGCGCCUUCGUAGCCCUGGGAGGCAACGCCAUGAUCACCGGCCGCAAUCUGGAAAAGACCGAGAAGGGCGCCGCUGAUAUCGCGUCCGUCCGGCCUGGAGCCAAAGUCAUAGGUCUCGUGGCUGAUGUGAGGGAUAUCAAGGCCAUGGAAGCUGCAGCUGAGCGUUGUGCGAAGGAGUUGGGGAGUCUGGACUUUGCCAUCGCGGGCGCUGCGGGGAACUUCCUCGCUCCAAUGGCUCAACUCAGUUCCAAUGCUUUCAAGACGGUCAUGGAUAUCGAUGCUAUUGGAUCUUAUAACACGGCUAAAGCUACCCUGCCUCAUCUCUUAGCAAGCGCGAAACAGCACAAGAAUAUCAGUCCCGCCAGCCCAACAGGAACGGGAGGGAGGCUGAUUUUCAUCUCGGCUACUUUCCACUACAGAGGCCAACCACUCCAAGCGCACGUUCAGGCUGCCAAGGCGGCCGUGGAUCAGAUAUCCCACUCUGUCAGCAUCGAGUACGGUCCCUUUGGUAUCACGAGUAAUGUCAUCACUCCCGGCCCUAUCGCAGGCACGGAGGGUAUGGCGCGGCUUUCGGCGAGCGACGAGGCGAGUGUGAAGAGGAGUAAGAUGGGUGUUCCCGUGGGAAGAUGGGGCGAGGUCAAGGAGAUUAGUGAUGCGAUGGUUUAUCUUUUCUCCGAUGCGGGGAGUUAUGUUAAUGGGGCUACGCUUGUUGUUGAUGGUGGGGCGUGGAGGACAAGUGGGCCGGGCGGGGAGGGGAGUGCGUGGCGGUAUCCUGACUUCUUACUCGGUGGUGGAGAGGUCACUGGGGUUGGUGGCGGGAAGAAGGCUAAGCUUUGA